UUGCCUUUAAAGAGUGUAAAGUGUAGAGUGCAUGAAAUACUUUACAGCCUAGCCGGUGCAUUAGUCUUUUGCGGUCUCGAAAGUGAAAACGAGGAUAUUCGAAACGAAGAGCAGCUAACUCACCUAAUUCGGCAAAGUGUAGCUGCAAAAAAGGAGUUGGUUGAAAAGAUUCAGAUGAUGUAUUUCGGAAACUCAGAGGCGAAUUUUUUCAAUGAAACAGAGUUACGAAAGGCGAUUGAUAAGUAUGAUGUGAGCAUGUCAGUAAAGCCAUUACUGCGCAGAGAAAAACGAUGGACACUAUGGGGAGGGCUCUACUAUGCGGGAACUGUCUAUACAACUAUUGGUGGGUUUUGA